UCGGAAAUAAACCAACCCAUCAAAAGUGUCAAUCACGUAAGUUUCGCUUCUAAAUCUUCGCGGAAACUCGACACUCAUUGGCCACAAAACACUAUUUCCGUAUUGGAUCGGACCUAAUAAAUGUGCUCUGAUCAGGUCUAAGCCCGACCCAUUAUCUCAUACCAACAAACCAGGACAGUGAAUAGACUACUGCCAAGACACUAACUGAAACAAUUUUGUUGGGAGUCCUUAAAUCAAGAUUGCAUAUGAAAUAAAAUGGAAGCUGUCAUAAAGUACAUGCUGCUGUUUGGCUGUUGGGGCGUUUGUUGGACAAAUUCAAUGCCGGGACCUAUCUGUCCUCUAGUGGCCUGCUUUUGCCCUUUUGGUGAAGUGUACACAGUGAACAGUGGAGGGUGUCGUGUCUGCCAAUGUAAGCCAGCCAGCAGAUGCCCAGCGAUUAGGUGUGCCAAUAGCUGCCCGGUCGGGUACAUCACAGACUCACUCGGAUGUCAAACUUGCCAAUGCAAGGCCACCCAGUGCCGAGCCGUUUCUUGCAAUUGCCCAUCGGGAACGGUAUGGGGAACAGACAAAAAUGGCUGCCAGACCUGCUCAUGUAAAUCCACCUCUCUCGACUGCCCUCUUGUCAGAUGCGCCACUCAGUGCACCGGUGGCUUCGACGUUGACGCCAGAGGUUGCCCUACCUGUAGUUGCAAGAAGAGAGAGGCAUUCAACUGCCCUGUUCUCAAUUGUCUCAACACUUGCCCUAACGGUUACAAGGUGAAAAAGACUGGCUGCCAGUCCUGUGCCUGCAAGAAGGGAGACAAAUCUCAAGAGUGCCCCAAAGUCAACUGCUUGAAUACAAACUGCACAUUCGGAUAUAAAUAUGACACUAAAGGUUGUCAGACUUGCGUCUGUGACACGCCAAGAAUUCUCUCUUAAAAGAAACUCUUAUACAACUGUGUUUCUAACAUAGUCAAUUAAAGUUUGGUCUGUAUAGUUACCCGGUACUUUUAUUAUUGACUAUUAACUAAUAAAAUGAAUUGAUUUAAA